AAAAAACAUAUAAAUAAAGUAGAUGUAAAAAGAGAUGCAGAAAGAACGGAAAAGAAGUGAAAAGUUGAAAAGUUGAAAAGUUGGUGAGCGUGUAGCGAAUAGAAGGAGGACACGUGUGAUUGAAGAAUAUAAAAGCAGACAGUGAGAAAUUGGCGCUAUUUGGCACUCAGAAGACAUCGUGGGCAUCGGCAGGAUAAGAGAGAAGAGGUAUCUUUCAACUUCCAACUAUCUCAGCUCAUGGCUUAUCUGGAUCUGUGCAAAGAUUCCAUGAAAGGUGCUAUUACUCCAAUUCCGAAGGCUGCCACCGAUUGUGCGGUUCCUAUAACUCCCGAGGCUCUCACCGAGAAUGGAGAUUUUCAAUCCCAAUCCCCUCUUACUCUCUCAGUGCUGAGGAAGCAACUCAAUCGUGCCUGCAUUCGUUGCGAUUCUGACAGAGGUGGCUUUGUUGAUAAUGGUGAUGAAAAUGACAAUGGCAAUGGUAGUAUUGAUAGUCCCCGAACUCCUGAGGAUGGUGUUUUUGAUCCCUUUGCAGCUGGUCCUGAUAACAUGGCGCGGGCUCCCAGCAGCAACAAGUAUCUUGACGACUACAGGAACAGCGUCGCCCGCAGACUUAAUUUUCAGCCCUCCUUCGAUGUUUCUCAGGCUGAUAGUGACACUCUUUCAGAUGAGGACAUGGUUGAGUCCGUGUACUGUGAAGUUGGUUGGGUUUACAAAUCAUAUGGGUCGACCAAGGCCAAUUGAAUUUCUGGUUGCACUUGAGGAUACUGAUAUUAUCAAGUGGUAUGCUGGCAUAGCAAGAAGGUGGCUCGAUUAUUUCUGCUGCUGCCACAACUUCAAGAUGGUCAAAACUGUUGUAUCUUAUCAUUUGAGGUUCUCUUGUA